AUGGCAGUUCACUUCCUGGAGACAGAACGCAAAGCACUCGAGACACUGCACGAGUAUACACAAGUACCUGUGCCUCAAAUCAUCAAGUAUGAUAGCCAUGGUGGACCGCUUGGUGCACCAUUUCUUAUGAUGAGCCACAUGCCUGGUCGCAAGCUCUCGGAAAUCGCGCCAUACAUCUCGACCAGCGAGAGAAACUCCAUCGAUCACACACUAGGCACACAUGUCCGCGCUCUGACUGCACUAUCUGCCACCCAAUUUGGUAUGACACACCGUGUCUUCGUCAAAAAGGGCAGCAACUCCUGGCGCGAGGCUUUCUUUGCUCUCCUCGAAGCCGCACUACGCGAUGCUGAGGAUAUGCUUGUUAACGCACACUCCGAAAGUAUACGUUUCUGGGUUGGCAAACACGCGCACUGCCUGGAAGAAGUUACCGAACCGCGCCUUGUAGCGCUCAAUCUCUGCGACCCGGAGAACGUGCUCAUCGACGAACGUACCAAGCAGGUCAUAGGUCUUGUCGGAUUUUCGAACGUCAUCUGGGGCGACCCUCUCAUGAGCGGCGGUAUCGCGGAUGGCAAUGAAGCGUUCUUCGCCGGCUUGGGAGAUUACCCUGUGAAGACUGGGGGCGCGAGGGUCAGGAUGCUGAUGUAA